AUGACUUUGGCUUGUGAAAUUUCCGAUGAAAUUGUUCCACGUGUCUUAAACGAAUGCCUCUGUGAAUAUAUCAGACUGAUUUGUCCCUAUUUAGAAGAUUCUAUCAAUCGAAUGCGAGAUAAAGAAUCCGAUCAAGCAGAAAACAUUGCAGGAUGUACAAAAAUAAUGAUUGCGGUGGCGAAUAAUUUGUAUAAAUGUGCUGAAACAACUGAAAAACUGAAGAGAUUCAUCGAAGGAUUGAGAAACAAAACUUCUGCUGAAGACAAAAUUGAAAAUGAAAAAUGUGUCUCGACAGAAUCACUGUCAUCAAAAAAUAAACUUGGAAGCCUACAACAACACAAGCAUUUAGAUCGUAAGAUGCAAAAUAUUGUUCAAAACUUGAAAUCCCAAAAAUUCAUUUCAGAUUACAAAUAUUUUCAUCAUUAUUUCCACUAA